UUAUGAGUCAAUAAUCGAUGAUUUUAAAAUAAAAAAUAAUUUUCAUCAACAAAUAAUUAUCUGGAUCUACAAUACUUAAAUGAUAAAGACAUUAAAUGUUCAACUGAAAUAUGGAUGAUGGAGGUCGAUGUCUUCUUGAUGUCAUCAAUGAUCCUCAAUUAUUACAAUCAUUUUUGGAAAACAAUAGUAAUAACAAUAAUAAUAACAAUAGUGGUACACAACAGCAAACAAAUUCAAGUGCAACAACAACAACAUCAACAACAUCGAAUGCUGUUGUUUUUACUAAUACUGCCAUCACAUCUAAUGUCAUUGGUAAUAAUCCAUCAUCAAAAUCAAUUAUUCAAUUACAGCCACCGGGGCAAUCAUUAUCAUCAGCUUCGACAUCAAUUAUAAUUAAUCAGAAUAAUAAUAAUAAUAAUAAAAAUGAUUCGAUAUCGUCGUCUAUUAUCACUACGACUACGACAACGACAAUUAAUCAAUCGUCAACAUCAUUAUCAUCAUUAUCAUCACCUGCCGCUAUUACGAUGGUCACCAAUGCAACACAACCGGCUAUUAUACCCACAACUACAAAUAUUAUAAAUAACAACAAUCCUGUAUUGACUAUUCCAAAAACAUUAACAUCGCAGAUUCUUGUGGCAAAUUCAUCUUCGAUGGCUGCCACAAUAACGACAACACCAACAACAACAACAAAACCAGUACGAGCUAGAAAAUCAACAACCAUUGCGACUAAAUCUAAUAAUUCUGGUUUUUCAUUAUCGAAAAAUCAUGUGACGAAUAUAUUGGCAACGCAAACACCAACUACAACGAUCUCUUCGAUUUCGGGUAUUCUUGGUUCAUCAGCCAUAGCGACUAGUAUUCCAUCAAAUAUUGCUAUGGCUGCGGCACCAACAACAUUUCUUAAUUCGGCCGGUCUAAUACCAUUAACAUCACUUGGAGCUAAUGUUGCUGUAACUGGUGGUGGUCUGACAUUUGCCGCUGGAUCACCCAUAACUACAAAUUUAAUGAAUGUUGCCGCAUCAUCCAACAAUGUACGACAUCCAUCUACAUCGACAACAGGAGCAUUUGUUUCAGCAGCAACAGCUGCUGCACCACAAUUUCAAUUAGGUCCAAGACCUAUGACUGUGUUACCUCAACCUUUUAUAUUACCGGGUGGUUUACAGUUAGCCGCAAAUGGGUCGAAUAAUCAAGGUCAACAACAAUUUGUAUUUGCUCGUCCAUCAACAUUAUCUCAUCAUCAACAUCCAUCGACUGGAUCACAAUUAUUACAGAUAAUCCAAACAUCACAAGGUCCACAAUUAAUUGCACAGGCACCGCCACCACCAAUACAAACACUUGCCACAUCGAAUAAUAAUCUUCAAACUAUUAAUAUUCAACAACAACAACAACAACAACUGCUAUCGUCAACAAUAUUGACGCCAACAACGACGGUGGCUGUUACAGGAAAAAAUUCCAAAAUUUCAAAUAAACAGAUAUUACCGAAACCUAAUUCUGGUUCAUCAUCACGAAAUUCGAAAAAUAAUAAUAAUUCACAAAAUAUUAAAUUCAUUCAAACACCAACAGCCGUUGUCAGUACGGCAUCAAAUUUUCCAACAUCGACAAAUCCAGGUACUACACAAUUUUUAUUGAGUGGUAGCCAUCAUAGUACAGGUGUCGGUGGUCAUCAGAAUCAACCACAAGUUAUUGCUGGACCAAAUGGUACAUUUUUUCUAUCGAAUAAUUUGGCCGGACCAACAACAGCAACACCGUUCGCAACACAGCCACAAUUAUUAUUUCCAAAUCAACAAUUAUUAGCAAUUAGACCAACUGGUCCUGGUUCUUUGGCCGGACAAACAUUAUUUGUAAAUCCGAAUGCAUUGACUAACGCAUCAACAACAACAACAAAUAAUAAUAAUGAUCAUGGAACAUUAAAUCAAUUAACAAUUCCUAAAUCAUCAUCAUCAUCAUCAACUAUGACUGCAGCACAACUAAAUCAUAUCUUAUUGAAUCAAAAUACAUCGACAACACCGAUUGUUAGUCAAUCAAGUGGAUUAACGGCCCUUCGAACAGGACAAACACCAGGUAAUCUAAUUAUUCGGCCACAAAUAAUUGGUCAACCACCACCACUACCGCCAACAUCAUCAUCAACAACGGCAGUUACAAAUAAUUCAACAACACCACAAUUAAUACAAAUACAAACACCAAAUGGACCAAUAUUACUUUCGGUUAAUCUAAAUUCCUCACAACAACAACAACAACCGUCACAACCUCAGAUACAGCAACCACAACCGCCACCACCACCACCACCACCACUACAACAACCACAACCACCUCAAACAAUUCAAAUUGGUAAUCAUCAUCAACAACAACCAUCAAUUCCGUUGAAUCUUGGUGGCGGUGCCGCAACAUUACCACAAACGAUACUCACUAAUCAAAUACAUCAGCAGCAGCAACAGCUCGCAACCUCUCAUCAUCAUCAAGAUUCAUCAACUCAAAUCCACCAGCAGCAGCAGCAACAACAACCGAUUCUGUCUUCAUCGAACAAUAAUAAAAAAAAUCAAACGACGAAACCAAAAACACAGAAUAAUCCAACAACCACAACAAAAGGCCUUAAUCUAGCAGAUCUCCUUAAAGAAACUGGUAUAUUAACUGAUUUUAGUCCACCAACAUCACCUGUACCAACUACACAAACAAAAGAUAAUAAUAGUGCCACUGUUCUGGUUGAUCCAUCAACGGCGAUAAGUGGUACACCAUUACCACCAUCAUCACAAUCACAAACCGUAUUGAUGGUCUCAAAUCCUCCCAAUUCGAAUCUAUUUCUAGCUCAUCAACAACAACAACAAUCACAUCCGAAGAAUUUGACAGCGUCAACAACAACAACAACAGCGGCAACAACUUUAGUUCCACCAUUACAAUCAUCACAAACACAACAAUUAAGGAUAUCAUUAACACCGGAUGGAACUAUUGUAUUAUUAUCACCAAAUUCAAAUACUUUAUUACCAACAACAACACCACCACAACAACAAAACCAGAAUAUUAAUAAUUUGACUGCCAAAUCGAUGAUUGGUCAAUCUAAAAAUAGUAGUAGUAAACAACAACAAUCAUUGAUGAAUGAUAAUUCCAGUGGUCUUGGAUCAUCACAACCAUCACCGGAUUCGACAACACCAAGUAUCGAUGCUGGUGGAACAUGUUCAUCGCCAUCGAUUAUUACAACACAAACACCACAAUCAUUGGCCAUACAAUCAUCGAUUAAAAUGUCUAGCAGUAUUGAUUCAUGUAAUCAAAAAUUGGAUAAUAAUGUCGAUGAUUCAGUUGUAUCAAGUUUAUCAUCAACAAAUGUUUCAUCAUUAAAACCAUCGAUAUCAUCAUUAUCCACAUUACCUACAACGACGACGACAACAACAGCAUGUACAGCCGAUACAAGUUCAAUUCAUCAUCAUCAUCAUCAUCAUCAUCAUCAAUCGAUAAAGCCUAGUCAACCUACGACAACGGCUGUAGUUAUAUCACAACAGCCAACAUUGCCUAUAAUGACUAGCGGUCAAACAACAACACAAACAACAACAUAUACAACGGUUUUGAUUCCUGGAACAAUAAUGUUUUUAAAUGAUAAACGUAUACCAAUUGCAACAUUGAAUCGUACGAAUCAAAUUGGUGAACUAAUGCAACGAUUAGAUAACCAAAUCAAGCAGCAACAAAAUUUUGUACAACAAAAAGAUUUACAACAAGAAUUACAACAAUUACAGCAGACAUUAUCAUUGAUACAAUCACAGCCAAUCAUACCGAAUCAAAUACCGCAGAUAAAAAUUUCGGAUAAAGUAGCACAAGUGUUGCAAUUAUCAACAUGGUCAACACAAUCGGUUACACAAAUUAAAACAUCACUAGCAACGAUUGCUGCCGCCGUUGUUAAUCAUCAAUCGAUUACAACAACAACACCGGCAACGACAACAACAACUGUUACGACCACUUCAACAACGAUGACAGUGAUGAAUAAUACAGUACCGACUACAGUGAAAUUUGUUCUUGGUCCAAAAAUUCUUGAUUCAAAUUCCAUACAAUUAGUACAUUCAAUUUCAAAUCCUUUAAUUCCAUCUUCAUCACCAUCGACGACGACUUUGAUACAAACGGCAACUGGAACAGCAGCAGCCAUUCAUCAAUCGGAUGCAAAAACAAAAACUACACCACCAACACCACCAGUGGCGACAAAUCCGGUGAUUGUUAAACAAGAGAAACCAAAAUCUAAUAUUCUUAAAGCGAUACAAUCACAAUUACAUGCCGAUCAGAAUACGGCAUUACAUCCGGAUUGUCGUACACCGUUUCGUUCACGUGAUGAUGCUUGUAAACGACUAUUACGUUAUCAUGUAUUUGAUCAACAACAAUUGUCAGAAAAACAGAUGCAAAAAUUUGAUGAACUUUUUGAACAAGCAUCACAAACAUUGUUGUAUAAACGUAAACAAUUAUAUGAUAAAUUUCGUUUUCUCAUCCUAAAAGAUAGUAUGAAAUCUUCACCUUCUUCUGAACAAAUAAUGGUUAAUCGUAUGAUUAUAAAUGAAGAAACGGUUGCAUUAAAAUUGGAUAAAGAAUUGGUUGCAUCAGGUGGUGUUUUAGAUUUACCACCUUUACCCGAAUGUUGGCUUGAUUCACCACCAUCACCACCACCACCACAACAACAACAACAACAAGACAAUCAAAAGAAUGAAGAAAUUGGACAAAAACAUUCAUUUAUUGAUGAUGCUGAUGAAUUUAUGAAAAUAGAUUAUUUUAGCAAUGAAAAUUUAAAACGAAAAUUUGAAGAUGAUUCUGCAGCCGAUUUUCUAUUGGAAUCAACCGCGACGACAACAAAUUUAUUUUCCAGUUCUGAAUUGAAUUCAGAUUUGAAUGCACUUUGCGAUAUUUUUGAUGAAGAAUCGAUUGUCGAUCAAUCGAUGGUGAAGAAUGUUAAAUUGAUGUCCACCAAUACUAAUGCUGAAGAUAAUGAUAAUGAUGUUGAUAAAUUAAUUAAAUUAGAUUCAUCUUCAGAUAUGAAUAAUGAUUCGACUUCAUUUUUCGAGAUAGACGGUUUAGAGGAUGAUGAUCAUCAUAAUGAUGAUAAUAAUAAAUCAUUAUUAAGAUGUAAUCAAAACUUGGAUUCAAAUACAACAACAGUUGCAGCCAUAACGGAUGUUGUUGAUGAUGAUGAUCUUGAAGCAUUAUAUUCAAAUAUUACCGAUACAAAUGAUUUGAUUGGUAAUAAUCAUAAUUCAUUAUUAUGGCCAAAUGAUUCAAAUAAUCAUCAUAUGCUUGGUUCGACAGCCAAUUCAUUGUCAUCAUCACAUCAUCAUCAUCAUCAUAGAAAUCAUGAUCAUUUUCUUGGUCGAUCCACAUCAACUAGUGGUGGUUGUCAAUCAUCAUCAUCAUUGUCAUGGUCAACACGUUCAUAUGGUAAUGUUAAUGAAACGGAAGCAGCUGUUGCUGUACAAUCAAUUAUUGGUGAUAAUGAUGUUGACAAUAAUAUGACCACAGAAGAUCAUAAUGAUAAUAAUAAUGGUGCCAUGGAUUUUUCCAACCUGGAAUUAUCGGAUAAUGUACAUGAUGUUAUAACAACAACAUCGGCGACAGCAUCAAAUAAUCAUUUCGAUGGUGAAGAUGAUGAUUUAUUUGAAAAUCAUCAACAAUCAUUUGAUUCAGAUAAUAAUGGAAAAGAAUCUAAUAUGACUAUUAGUAGUGCAACGAAUUUUCCAAUGCAAAUAUUAUGACCAAUAAUAAAUAAUAACAAUACAUCGGCUGCUGAUAUGCAAAUGAAUUGUGCCAUUAAAAGUAUAAUGAUGCCUUCAGAUUCUUAUUAUAUGAACAAUGAUAAUAUGUCAUCAUCAUCAUCAAUGAUGAAUAAUAAUGAAAUGUCAUAUCAAAAUCAUCAUCAUAAUUUGCAACAACAAACAUCGAUGAUGAUGUUAUUACCAUCAUCAUCAUCAUCGUCUUCUACCACAGCAAAUAUGAUGACGAAUAAUCAUCAUCAUUUUUCAUCAUCAACAUCAACAUCAAACAAUUCAAUGAUGACAAUGAUGAUGAUGAAUAGUUUUGCUAUACCAUCAACAACAACAACAACAACAACAAUGUCACAUAUAAAUGAUCCAAUGUUGGAUGAAGCUGUUAAAAGUAUUCUAUGAAAAACAAUUGACAAAACAAAACAAAAAUAUGACAUCAAAAAAAAAAAAAAAAUAAACCACAACAAAAAACAAACUGUGAUCCAAAAAAAAAAUAACAAAUAUGUUCUCAAACAGAAAAAAAAAUACAAAAUAUGUACUGAAUUGAAAACCAAAUAUAAACUACACAAAAAAAAAAUAUUCGUAAAAAAACAUUGACAUUUGAUCAUCAUCAUCAUCAUCAUCGUAAAUAAUGGACAUUAUUCACAAAUGUAUAAAUUAUUAUUCAAUUUUUUUUUUUUUUUUGCUGAGCAUUUAACAUUUCAACAUUAUUGUGCACACAUCACCACCCCCCACCACCAUAUCUAUUAAUGUUUUUCUAUUAAUUUUUGUAUUAUAUAUAUGAAUUUUAAUUUUAAUCACACCGAAAAACAAAACAAAAACAAGACAG